UUUUACAUUUUUUCCAACUCGUUUUCUUUUCUUUUCCACGCUGCACCUUUUUCAGAAUAAUUUAUCUUUUUCUCAGCAGCCAAACAAGGCUUAAACUGAAUUUGGGUUGAAUUUCAUUUGCAUUUCACUCUGAUUUAUAUAUAAAAACCGCUGCUAAGUGCUAACAUUUACCCUUCUCUGUAUUUUCAAAUUCUCAGUCAAAAUUUUCUUUUUCAUAUCCUCUCAUUUCAAAAAGCACAGAAGCUAAGCGGUUUUUUUUUUUGCUUAAACAAAGGUUAAUACGAGAUGGCGGAUGAGGAUAUUCAACCUCUUGUCUGUGACAAUGGAACUGGAAUGGUUAAGGCUGGUUUUGCUGGUGAUGAUGCCCCUAGGGCUGUGUUCCCUAGUAUUGUUGGUCGCCCACGGCACACGGGUGUCAUGGUUGGGAUGGGUCAAAAGGAUGCUUAUGUAGGUGAUGAAGCACAAUCAAAGAGAGGCAUCCUUACCUUAAAAUACCCUAUCGAACAUGGCAUUGUUAGUAACUGGGAUGAUAUGGAGAAGAUUUGGCACCAUACUUUCUACAAUGAGCUGCGUGUUGCCCCUGAAGAACAUCCGGUACUUCUUACAGAAGCACCACUAAACCCUAAGGCUAAUAGGGAGAAGAUGACCCAAAUUAUGUUUGAAACAUUCAAUGUGCCGGCUAUGUAUGUUGCUAUUCAGGCCGUUCUUUCACUUUAUGCCAGUGGUCGUACAACAGGUAUUGUCUUGGAUUCCGGUGAUGGUGUGAGCCACACAGUGCCAAUUUAUGAAGGCUAUGCCCUUCCCCAUGCUAUUCUCCGGUUAGAUCUUGCUGGUCGUGAUCUUACGGAUUCCUUGAUGAAGAUCUUAACCGAGAGAGGCUACUCUUUCACAACAACUGCCGAACGAGAAAUUGUUCGUGACAUGAAAGAAAAACUUGCUUAUGUUGCUCUCGAUUUUGAGCAAGAAUUGGAGACUGCCAAGAGUAGUUCUGCUAUUGAAAAGAGUUACGAAUUGCCUGAUGGACAAGUAAUCACAAUUGGAGCAGAGAGGUUCCGUUGCCCCGAAGUACUCUUCCAACCAUCUCUGAUUGGUAUGGAAGCAGCCGGAAUCCAUGAAACUACAUACAACUCCAUCAUGAAGUGUGACGUUGAUAUCAGGAAGGAUCUAUACGGAAACAUCGUGCUUAGCGGUGGAUCAACCAUGUUCCCUGGUAUUGCCGAUAGGAUGAGCAAGGAAAUCACAGCUCUUGCCCCUAGCAGCAUGAAGAUCAAAGUGGUCGCACCUCCAGAAAGAAAAUACAGUGUCUGGAUCGGAGGAUCCAUUUUAGCAUCUCUUAGCACCUUCCAGCAGAUGUGGAUUUCCAAGGGUGAGUAUGAUGAAUCGGGCCCUGCAAUUGUUCACCGAAAGUGCUUCUGAUUUAGACGAUUCUAAACCGAAGUCCACAUUGACGUAGCUGAUACGUAUAGUUGAUGCUUCGGGUGCUCUCCAUGGUUAGAUUUCCGAUUUUUAGAUGCCGAAAUUUCAGUUGUUUUCAAGUGGCUUGUACUGUAUUUUGCAUGGAACUAGGUAGUUUGCCUAUGGAUUUUGUUAUAGGUCAAGUACUUUUCUUUUGGUAUUGUUUCUCAGAUCAUCUGCCAUAAAUUUAUUUUGAAAGCAAGUCAUUAAGCAUUCAUGAUGAAA